UUUGUUAACUAAUAUGUUUAAAUAAAUAUUUAUUUUAUUUGAGAAUAAAAUUAAUAAAAAGAAAUAAAGGAAACAAUGUCACAAAUAUCGAGGCAAAGGAGGUUCAAAAGAGCUGCUCUGCUCACCAAAAGAUCCCAAUGUUUAGGAAGGUAUCCCAGGAACAGAGGCUGCAUGGCAUCAUACGAAUAUUUAAGAAGUAACAACAGUUGUUUAGCAAAGGCUCUUUCUAAACAAAAAGAAAAACGACAACUCUUAUUCUCACAAAAUGUUGCUUUAUUAGCAGAAGUUCAAGAUUUGAGUUCAGCUUGUAUUAAACGCGAAAAUACGAUAAUUAAUGCAUUACAAAAUGCUAAAGAAAUGCUCAAAAUGUUAGUCUCAUUGACCCAAUUUGUAACACAUACAAUCGCUUCCUGUCAAGAAUUUGCAUCUUCCACGAAUACGAGCGUACGAAUGUCCUGCAAUCCAUUUUCUAAAGGAGAAAAUACAAGGAUGUCAGUUAAACAACCAACUAAAGGAAUAGUUAAACCAAUGGUAAGUGGGCAUACGAUAACAAAGCCCACUAUUAAUUUGAGUCGAGUAAAUAUGCAACGUUAUAACAAUUCAAACAACUUGAGUACUAUAGAAGAAGUAUCUUCACCGGUUGUGAUAUCUCCUCCAAAUUCAAGUACAAACGAGGAUAGCUCUUCUACUUCUGUUUCUUUUAGAAGACGAGCAAGAAACGCCGAUGGUCGCAUUUGUAGAAUGCCAGAAAGGUUGAACAUUUCUUCCCCCAGAACUAGCGAUGAAGAUGAGCGACGAUUUAGUAAACGAAAAAGUAGGCAUUCAGGAAAACCACCUGAGAAACGUUCAAAAUCCAAGUCUAAUAGAUUGUCGGCAUCGAUGAAUGGAGAAAGCACUGAUUUGAUGACAAGUGUCCGUGUCAUGUUGAACGAUGUUUCCAAUUGUUUACAGAAUUCUCCAACUAUUAAUAUUCGAAGGCUGAGUUCGACGAAAUAUAACGUCGCUAAUGGUAAUAACAUAGAAAUGAAUAAUUCGACGAAUAAUGUAUCUGAUCGACGAAAUAAAGAUGUUAUAAUUAUUUCGAAAAGACAAUUAUCGACAGACUUUUCGGAUGAAAAUAGUAAUAACACUGUAGAAAAUAAUAAUACAAGGAUUACAAAUGAACAGCCCGAAUUAAAUGUUCAAGAAAAUAGCAGAGAUGAUAGUCUUCAUGAAGUAUCCAACGAGAACGAUCCACUCGAAGGUCCAAGCUGGUUAUUAGAUAGUUAUAAUAGUAACUCAUCUUUGAUAUCAAAUACAAGGAUAAAUAGUAGUAGCGAAGUAAAGGAUUGUAAUAAUAAAAGAGACGAUACUAAUAAGACUUCCACAAUGCAAUGCAAUAGCGAUAGCGAUAGUGAAAUCGAUAGUGAUAGCAAUAACAACGAAGAAGAUAAUAACGUAUCUAAUAAUUCCAAUUGUAAAAAAACAUUAUAUAAAUCUUGUCAUUUGGAAAAAGGAGAUGAUGUUUUAAAUUAUUUUGAAAAAGACGAUAACAAAAUGGAAGAACAUAAUAAUAUCAAUAAGGAUGGAUUUGUGACACAAAAACGUGGAAAUUCUAUCGAAGUUAUGGACGAAGAUAUCGACGAUUUUACUUUAAUGCAUAUGCGACGAAAAGUUAAAAAUGUAUCUUUUGAUAUAAACGAUUUAAAAUUGCCCGUUUUAGAAGAUACCGUUGUAGAAUCCGUAGUUAAAACAGAAAUGGAACCUGAGAUGACGGAAAAUUUAGGAAAUUUGCAGGAUAUUAGUGAAAUUCCAUUGAUCUUUAAUAAUAAUAUCUGCAAUGAUGAUGAUUCAUUGAUAGAACAGAAUACGGUUAAACUUCCUCCACUUUCAAAUACUGCUAUCGAUUGUACGAUACCAGUGGUAGAUAUAUCAUUUGAUAAACAUCGACAAACAAAAUUAAGAAAAACAAGUCAAUCCUUGAACAUAGGUCAUCAUUUUGAAAGUAUAACUUCACGUAAGACGGGCACAAAGAGAAAAGAGAAGAAAUCUGUAAAUAAAAAAGAUCCAAGUACCGCCAAAGUUAUAUUACAAAAACUUCCGCGUGAUAAAGAUUUACACGCUAAAUCGCAGUCAUUUUCCUUAGAAGAAAUAUUAUCACAGAAUUCUAGCAUUUUGUCACAAAAGACCCUACAUUCUCCAUCGUUGAAAAAUUCUAGUGAUUCUGAAAGUGAUACAGGAAGCACAAACUUAAGUACUUCUUAUGAACGUCCUAAAAGACAAAAGGCACCACAAAAUCUUAAGGAACCAAAUUUGAGAAAAAAGUUAAGAAGAUACAAAUGAAUAUUUAUAUAUAUAUAUAUCUAUGUAAAAGAACAAAAAGAAAGAAGAUAUUUAAGAAAAUAUUUAUAAACAGUAAAAUACAAUGCAAACAAUGUGAUUAAACACUACAAAGUGAUGAAAUAUGCUGUUAAACACAAAUGACCCUCCAAUGACUGCGAUUUAGCGUGUAAGUCUUUAUCACGUGGAAGUUUUUGUAGUAUAACUUUAGCGGUGCUUGGAUCUUCUUUUUAUUUCAAAAGUUUCAUCUCUUUCCUCUUUUUUACCGCUUUUCGUGAAGUUAUACUUUCAAAAUGUAAAAAAAAUACAAUGUAACAUAUAAUGUUAGAACAGCACAUUUAAUCACUUUGUAGUGUAUUUUGCUGAACUUUUAUAAGAAAAAAAAUUCAUCAUUACAAUAGAUUUAAAAAGAGAUAAUAUUAUAAUAACUGUGAACAUUAUUCUAUAGUAAUUAUGUAAUAUUUAAUAAAUGUAUUUUAACAGUUACUAAAAAUUACAAUAGCAAUAAAAUGACAAAAGUUGGACAAAUUCUUCUAUAAAAUAAAAUCAUAUAAAUCGCAUUUUACUGUAAAGUAAAUCAAACGAAUAUAUGUAAUACAGUAAUUUUAAUAAUCAUUUCAAUUCAAUGAAAGUUUCUGUAAAAUAUUUGUGCCCAUAAUUAUGAAAGUGAUCUAAGUCAAAAUUAAAAAAAAAAAAAUUAUUCUCCUCCACUUCUUCUGAUUGAUCCUCUGAAAUAUCUGUUAGUCCAAUUUCAGGAUCAAAAUUAUCUUGGUCGAUAUACGAAAGGUCUUCUCUUAUAUUUUUUGUCUUCUCAAAUUUUAGGUAUUUUCAUACGUCUCGGCAUUUUUAGGAUAAAGUUACAAAAUUAGAUCAAAAUUGUAGAUUAAUUAUACACACCUGCUCGCUGUAUCCUUAUAUAAUAUAUAGAACAAUAAUUCGUUAUAUUUUCUCUCUCUAUUCUCUUAACACGGUAUAACCGUCUCUCUUUUCAAAAUUUUCAAUUUAUUUUAUUUAUUUUACUAUUCCUUCUUAUCUUCACUAACCUUUUUUUUAUUCUGUUUCUUCUAUUCUGUUUACUUUAUGUAUUUAUCACGGUAUAACCUUCAUCUUUUUUUUUUCAAACCUUUUAGUUAAUAUUAUGUUUAUGUUGUCACAUUUAACUCUCUCACAAUAAUCUACUUUCGAUGAUAAAUUCGAAAUACAUGAAUAUCGUCUAAAGGAAAACAUUUUACAAAUUUUAAUAUAGAAAUUAAAUCCAUUAGUCAAUCUCAUAGUCUUCGUAGGAGCAUUUUGACGCAUGCGCAGAACUAUCACGUGACUUCGGUACCACCUUUCGGCACGCUCGUAAUUUAAAUAUGAA